AUGGUAUUCGUGGAUUCUUCUAACUGCGUGCACCUCCGAUGCCAAUGGAGGGGAGAGGGAGAGCAUUGCAAACCUUCACGCAACCUCCGCGAAGCAUACAAACGGGAUCGGUGUGGAAUAGCUUUCAAAUUUGCUUACAAGGACGAGACAGAUGCGGACCUCAUCUGGCGCAUUAAGCGUGGAUUUCCUGUAAAUACGUUCACGAUCGACAAUGCCGCACUGGGUGCAGAGUGUGAAAAGAAGAAGCAACUGUGCUGCAACGUGGCGCGCGUUGAAGUCAACAAAAACUACAAGCACCUAUGCUCAGUACAAUCUAUGCCCUAUGACAUC